UGCAGUGAACAGCCCACAGUCACUUGUUGUACUCCUGCUGCUGCUGCACACCCAAUAAGAUCCACUGGUAAAACUGCAACCAUGAGUUCCAGCAACGACCAAGACAUGUACGACCUCUUCAAUGAGCUCUUCGAUAUCAACGAUAUCAACGAUACCAACACGACUGACCCGAGCUACGUGGUCAGCAGGACUGUCAAGCUCUGCUCGAAGAUGGUUGUCAACAAGUUUGGUGCGAGAUUCAUCCCAAUUUUCUACUAUGUCAACUUCCUCCUGAGUUACCUUGGCAAUGGGCUUGUCCUCUUCAUCAUCUACAAGUAUGAGAAGCUCCACACGGUGACAAACAUUUUCCUCCUGAAUUUGGUCCUCUCCAACUUCCUCUUCGCCAUCAGCCUUCCCUUUUGGGCGACGUACCAUCUGUCUGAGUGGAUUUUUGGCAUGGCUCUGUGCAAGAUGGUCAGCAGCGCCUACUUCAUCGGCUUCUACAGCUCCAUCCUCUUCCUCACGCUAAUGACAUUUGAUAGAUACCUUGCAGUGGUGCAUGCAGUGGCAGCUGCCAAGAGCAGGAAGAAGGCGUACGCCAUUAUUGCGUCUGUGAUAGUUUGGGGCAUCAGUAUUGUAGCAAGUGUGAAAGAGCUGGUUCUCAGAAAUGUGUGGGAGGAUCAGAUCAAUGGGCUGAUGUGCGAGGUGUCCGGAUACUCCGAUAGCACCAUGGACCACUGGGAACUAGUCACUUAUUACCAACAAUUCCUGCUCUUCUUCCUCCUCCCUCUCUUCAUGGUGAUGUACUGCUACAUCAGCAUCACUGUCCGCAUCAUGUCCACCCGCAUGAAGGAGAAGUGCCGCGCCAUCAAGCUUAUAUUUGUCAUCAUCUUCACCUUCUUCGCCUGCUGGACACCCUACAACAUUGUCAUCCUCCUUAAAGCCUUACAGAUCUCCAGCACCAGUAAGGACGACUACACAUGUUCAGACAUGGAGCACUUGGACUACGCCCUCUAUGUGACCCGGAACAUAGCCUAUCUGUACUGCUGCAUCAGUCCUGUGUUUUAUACAUUUGUGGGGAAAAAGUUCCAGAGCCACUUCAGACGGCUGGUAGCCAAGAACAUCCCCUGUCUAAAGAGACACAUCAGCCUGAGCAGCCAGAGCACCAGGACCACAUCACAGAGGACACCAUACUCUGACUAUUAGACACACACACACACACACACACACACACACACACACACACACACACACACACACACAUACUAUACAAUCACAUGCAAUGUAAAAACUUACCACAUCACAGAGGGCUAUUACUACUAUUAGUACUAGAAGGAGACACACACAUUCUUGUACUUCGAUCUUUGUGAGCACACUCAUUGACAUAAUGUAUUCCCUGGUGCCCACAUGAACCUAAUUCUAACCCUAAAACAAAAAUGUCCUCAAUAUUUAGGAAAAUACUUUGUUGGUCCUCACUAUGUAGCAUUUAAGCAUUCACAAGUCCACAAGUCCACACACACACACACACACACACACACACGCACUGUACAAUUAUAUGCACACCACAACAAUGUAAAAACUUACCACAUCACAGAGGAUACCACACUGAGUACUAGAGAGAGAUUCACACACAUUCUUGUACUAUCCAUCUUUGUGAGGACACAAAAAUGUGUUAGGAAAAAACUUUGUUUGUCCUCACUUUGUAGCAUUCACACACACACACACACACGCACACCCCAGAUAGCAAAAUGAAACUUCUGGUCCAACAUAUACCAGGGUGCUCGGCCCAAGUCUGGCGCAUACACUUCCACAUCUGGGCAGAGUCCAGCUGUUAUCCUCCGGUAUUGACUGACAGCUGGAAGACUUUCUUUGUGCACAACAGAACUGAUCCAAAUGUGGAAGUAGCAUCUUACAGCCAUGCUGUAUAUGGGCCAGAUUCGGGCCAGGGAACUGGGUGUAUACUGGACCAGAAGAAAACAAGCAUGUGGCCCGAGUAUGGGCUGGAUUUAUUUCGCUAUAUGGUACACACACACACACACACACACACACUGGACAAUCACAUGCAAUGUAAAUUCAUAUUCUCUGGCAUAAGUGUGGAUUACGGUUUGUUAAGAUUUAUAAAUACAUAUAUUAUCAGCUUUUCAAGGAAAAACUGAAGCUGUGUGGUAAUUUUCUGAUUAAGCUCUUUUCUAAAUAAGAAAGUUCAGUUUACUUGUGAUCUUCGGCUGGGGAUCAGAACUUUACUUCCUGUCAGAUAAUCAGUUGUAAACAAUCAAUUCUUCUUUUAUCAUUAACUUCAUUAGAUAUAGGAAGUGUAUCAGUAUGACGACUGCAUCACUUAAAUCUUCUAUUUCUCAGAUUGAACUUUUAUCAGCUUUUAUCAAACCUUGUUUUAAUAUUCAUAAGAAAACCUUAUUUGAAAAGGUUACAUGAUUAAGCUUGUUGUGUAUUUUUUAUACAUGUUUUUAUUUUAUUUUAUACAUACAUACAUCAUCAGCUCUGUAAACUACUGUACACAGCUACAGAGUGAUUCUGCUGUUGUUCAUAUGUGGAUAUAGUGUGAGUCUGGUCAUUCCCUGAAAACUGGUCUGCGGUAAAUCCAUUGAAAAUUUUAAUUUUACCAAUAUGGAAAUUUUUGCCGUCAAUCAAAACAAUACCACAAGAUGGAGUUUGGUGACAUUGUGGGAUCAUGGGAGUUGUUGUCUUCGCCACCAUUGCCGUCAUUGUAGUCAGCUAUUCAGUCAUUCAGGAGGUUUUUACCUGGAACUCGUGUCCUCCUCUCCAUAACAAACACACCAGGUGAAAAAAAAUCAUUGAU